UUUUCGAUCAUUAAAUUAUCAACCUCAGAAACAAAAGGUAGUAUCUUAACAAGAAAAUCAAAAGGUAGAAAGGUAACCAUUUUGUAAGCAAAAAAAUAUGAAUUAUCAGGACAACUUGAGCAAACCAAUAGAUAUGUUUAAAAGUAAGUACGUUGCCAUUCCGGAGUGGGUGAAAGAGAGAUAUGGUAAGCAUUUUGAAGCAUUGCACUCUACAAUUUUCGGAAUAUUGAGAUCUGAGAAUGCACAACUGGACAGCCUCAUCGUGGAGUAUAGUUUGGAAGGUAUGUUUGGGUAGCCAUUAUAAUGGAUACGCCUCCUCGUUUUGGGGAAGUGGCGUUGGAACCUUGGAUGCUCCUAAGCCAAAAUUGCAUCUACACACCCAUUCCCAAUUCCUCCGUGAGUCAUAGUAAUUGUAACCGCAGUUUAAUGUGCAUUCAGGUCGCAAAGAUAUGAUAUACUUUUUUUCGCACUAUCAGUACCCGUUCCCCGUAUUCUUUCUCUUCGCGUUCCGUUCCUAUCGUUUUACGUCGCGUUUCGCGAACGUUACUUAUCGCUUAGUUGUAUCUACACAUCCAUUCCUGAUUCCUCCGUGAGUCAGAGUACUUGUAAACGCAGUUUAUUGUGCAUUCGGGUCGUAAAGAUAUUAUAUACUUUUUUUCGCACUAUCAGUACUCGGUCGUAUUCUUGUACCCGUUCCCCGUAUCCUUUCCCUUCGCGUUCCGUUCUUAUCGUGUUACGUCGCGUUUUUCGGUCGUACAUACUUAUCGCAUAGUUUCCGUUCCGUUCAACUUCACAGGGAGCUCGGGAGAUAUGUUAAAAGUCGCGAAACCAAACGAAUUCGAUUUGGUAUUUAAGUUGCAAAUUCCGUAUUACGAAAGCAUAAUCGUGACGCGAGAUUCGAAAGUUCCGGGCAACGUAUUACUUGAUAUGACGCGUGUAUUAAAACUUCUCAGUGACGAUCGCCGCGAGGAUUGUCAAAGCAUCCGGAAACUGCUUCAGAAUAGACUCGUCGACGCGCAGAACUUUCUCGUCGUGGACAAGCUGCGCUCCUGGCUCCAGAGUCUCUUUAGCCAGGCUCUUAAUCGGAUCGCGGAUCGCGUGGAGGUAGAUGGCGUUGUGUCCCAGCUGAAAUACAGGACCUGUGGGCCGGCCCACACCAUCUACGUGGAUGGGGAACUGGAGUACUCGGUCGAUUUCGUACCUGCCAUCCGCCUGGGUGCCGAACAGAACGUGUUGGGCGAUGAUCAAUUAAUAUAUUAUAAGCGCGCGAACCUUCUUUAUUGGGAGGUGGUUCCGAAGCCCCCGAAAACCCAAACAAAGACCAGCAGCAUCUCAUUUAGGUCCUCCUUUUACGCUGCCGAAAAGGCUAUGCUUCGGGGAAAGCCCGAAAAUUGCCUGGAUGCCAUUAAGCUUAUGAAGAAAUUUCGCGAUGUAAAGACGAACUUGAGCAAUCUCAAGAGCUACUAUAUUAAAACUUUGUUUCUUUGGAAGAUUAGGAAUGAACCGGAGUCCUACUGGCAGAAGCCGCUCACAGUCAUUUUGCCCGAUAUGUUUGACGAGCUGGCGGAGUGUUUAAGGCAGGGAAUUCUUCCUUUCUUCUGGGACCCCAAACUGAACAUGAUCGAUGUUUUGACGCCAGACCAAGUGCUGGAAAUGUACCUAUGUGUCCGGAGAAUACCAGGCGCGCUGAGGAGAGCCCGCAAGAAGCAUGACUCUCGUCUGGUCGUUCUUCAAGUCUUCAGCAACAAGGAGGAAAGGGAUCUGCAUCUGGGAUGCUGUCAUAAGCGGAUUGGAAAAUCAAAACGAAAUGUGAUUAAGAGGUUGAAAUAGAUAAAAUACCAAUAUGAAGUCCACAGCAACCCUGGAGAAAAGGAUCACCGGAAAAUAGCAACUAUAAGCUAAAAUUAGUUUCGCAAAAUUCUUCGGAUGCAUUACUAAAUUCCGGAAUCAAGAAUGUCUAUGGGGUCGUCCAUAUAUUAUUAUAUCAGUGAAUAGAUUUUUAUAUUUCUAAACUUAUGUAAUAUAUGGACAGCCCCUAAUUGACUAUUUGUGGUACAUUUUUGACAAAAUUUCCAAUUUAGUUAAAAGUUUAACGGAAGCAUUAAAAAUUGGCAAGUCAUAAUUAAAAGUUAAAAGUUUAGUUCCGCAUUAAGUUCAAUGAACGCAUUUAACGGAAGCAUUUAAAAUUGGCAAGUCAUAAUUGCAUUGCGAAGUUGUUCGUAAUUGGUGAAUUGGUCGAUAUUUUUAUAUUGUUUAUAUAGUUAAAUCAUAACAGAAUAUGGCACAUUGGCUUCAUAAAAUUGUUUAUAAUUAAUCAAGCAUGAUUGUAAAAUUAAUAAUGGAAAAUGUUUGUAUUAUAAAUUUGGUAUACGAGGAUGGGGAAUAUUUGUAAAACACUUUUCAAAAUGUACAAUGUUCAAUUAAUUAUAAAAACUAUGUCGAAACUUGUCUUUGUGUCAUUGGAUAUUGUUUUCCAACAUUAAACAUUAAAACAUUUUUAUCAAAAAAA